AUGAGUAUUUCUUAAAUUGACUCAAAUAUUGUUCAUAGCAUUGAUAGAAUAAGAUAAAUCAUUAUUGAUUUAGAUGAAAACAUUUAAGACAAAUAUAAUGAAUAUUAUCCUUAAUCAGAUCCUACUUUACAAGCCUUUUAAAAUUUAGAUGUUGAUGGAUUUACAGAUUAUAAAAAUUAAAUAAUACCUAAUAUAAAGUUUUAUGAUACAUUUAUUAAAGAUAUUCAUAAUAUUUUAGAUGUUUAUAACUUGUGUUCUAGCUCAUUUGCUUAACAAUUAGAUAAAAUAGGUAUUUAAUAGAUAUAAAUGUUUUGCAAGUAGCUUAUGCUGUCUCAUCGUAAGAGUAUGAUUUUUGCUUUAAGAGUUGUUUGUUCUCACUACAAAGUUCCAUAAGUAGUAGAUGAACGCAAAUUUAAAAUACCUACUUAUGAAAUUGAAAAAGAAAUUGUUAAAGAAGCAAAUGCUAAAAAAUACAAUUAUAAAAAAGUUAAAAUAUAGAAAGGAACAGUUGACAAAGAUUUAGUUGAAUUAAUUAAAAAGCAUUUAAUUGAUAAACCAGAACUAGUUCCUGAAUCUUUGAAAGCUAAACUAGGCUAAAUAUAUGAUCCUCUUCUUAAAGAAUACAGAGAAGCAGAGUAAGUGAUGAACGAAACCUUAUUAAACAAAAACAAGUUCUUGAAUUUACAGCCUUCUAAUUGCGGAAAUUUUGUUAGCAAUACACUAAAAUAAAUAGAAGGAACUACUAUGUCUUUUUACAAUUUUGAAUAAAUCACAUUAAAGGGAAAUAAAAAUAGAGAAGAACUCAAUUCCCUUACUAAUGAAUUUUACAGUAAUAUGAUUAUGGAAGAGUUGAGUAAAGAAAUUAAGGAUAAUUUCGAGGAAAGUGCGAGGAAAAGAAUGCAAGCUGUUAUUCUUUAGGUUAUAUAAUUUUUAAGAAAAUAAAAUUAGAUUGAACUACCUUCAAUUUAGUGUUAAACUGAAUUAACAAUGGAAGAUAUUGAUAAAUAAAUUUAAGAUGCAGAAAAAGAAGCAAGAGCUUGCAGAUGGGAGUUAGAAGCUAUUAAGAGUAAUAUUAGGACUUUAUCAUUAAAAAAUGAAGAGCUACAAAGAGAUUUAGAUUUUAAAAAUAAAAAGAUUUAAGAAUAAAAUUAACAAAUAAUUGACCACAUCUCUAGUAUAGAGAAGCUAAAAAACGAAAUAACAUAAUUAGAUAUUCAAUAUGAAUUGAAGUUUAAAAAAAGAGCUCAAGAAUUAGAAUAAAAGCAAAAGUAAUUUGAAAUUGACUUUAAAAAUUAGGAAAAUGCUUAGAAUAAAGCUUAAAAAAAGACAUAUGCCCAUAGUUUUACUCAAACUGGGAAAGUUGUCUUUAGCAAUGGGGAAAACAAUCAUAUUUAUGCUUCGCAAAAACACUACACUUAAUUUAAAAGAAGAUAUAGUCAUGAUCUGCAGCUCGAAGGAAGAGUAGAUUACUUUUAUUUGCUUUAAAGGAUAAAAGAUGACUUAGAAAAACAUCCUAUGAAACGUAAAAAAUUAAAUAUACCUUAAGAUGUUAAUUUGAGAACAGAAAAUAGAGCAUUCACUAAAAUGUAAAAACAACUGCAAAUUCUGUAAAAAAUUAAAGAGGAAGAAUAAGAAAUUCUUAAUUUGAGAUAAUAACAACAAGUACUUCCUUAAAUUUCAAAUCAAUAAAUACAAGAAAUCAAAAAUGCUAAUAAUGCUUCUAUAAAAAAACAAAAAGAAGUGAAAGAUUUACAAGUUAAGGGAACUAGUUCUCAAUUAAUACCUUAAGAUUAAUUAGAAUAUUUACUUAAUUAAUAUAAGUAAACAAAAUCUACUCUUUAAAGUUAGUAAAACUAAUAAAUGCAAACUGAUUAAAUUGAAUCUCACUUAGCUACAGAGGAAAACAGCUCUAAAAUUAAAUAAACUUCUGCUGAAAACUUGACACCUUCAAAGUUUGAGUAAAGUUCAUAAUUAAAAUAAAAAAUUCAAAAUACUACAAACGCAGAAUAAUAAACUGGCAGUAAUACAAAAGAGGUUUUUAGAUAUAUCGAGGAGUUAAAAAAAAGUUAAGGAGAACUCUUUAAAAACUUUUCAUAAGAAUAAAUAGAUGAAAUUGAGUAGUUUAUUAUCAGUAAAGAAUUAGGAGUUAAUCACACAAAAGCAAUACCAUAAAAUGGAAUAUCUUAUGUAGUAGAUUAAAAUGGAAACAUAUAAGAGCAAUCUGCAUAAGAUAUUUAGCUUUUAUUUGAUGAAUACAAUAAAUUAAAACCUUUCUAGGAGCUUAUAUAAUAGCUUUAAUGGAUAUCAAGUGAAGGUGAGAGAGCCUAUGUAAUUGGAAUAUUAAAUAACUAUAUAUGCAAGUUGCUGAGAAGAAGAAGACAGAUAAGUAAGAGAUCGUAAGCUUUUGAAUACAAUGAUAAAUCUUUAUCACCUUAAUCGUUUAGUUUAUCUCCCGAAUAAUAAUCAACAAAAAAAAACACUUCUUUCGGAAGAUUAAAAACUGACACCAUUUAUAACGAAGAAUCAGAAAAAAAAGAUGGAUUUUAGUCAUAUAAACAAUUUUAAGAUAGAUUGAAAAAUCAUCAAGCAAAUUUAUCAAUAAAAAAGAAUAGAUAAAGAAGCUGCUAUUCAUUUAAUAGUCCUUCAAGUGUCACUGUUUAUUACAAAAAUUUGAAUGAAGCAUCUGGUAAUUAUGAAAGAUUCUUAAAAGACCAUCAUUAAAGUGAUUAUAAUUAAUCUCCAAACAAAUAGAAAACUCCAAGAGACAAUUAAAGCAAAGAACAAAAUUCAUAACAAAAUGAUUUUAAUUCAACUGAAUAAAAGGUUAGAAUGAAAAGAUAAUACAGCAUAGACAGAUGUGAAAAUUUAAAUCUUCCAGCUUUAAAUAUCAUAUAAAAAGCUUAAGAACAUUUACAAUAAUUUUAAUAGUCAGUUGUUCUUUAAAAUUGUAAAAAAAUCCACAAUCGUAUUUUAAUACAAAAAAAGCUUAAGCUUCAUGAUGAUCUUUCAAAAUCAAAAAGCUAAAAAGCAAUAAAAUCAUAAAUAUCAAUAGCUCCUCUUAACGAAGAAGAAUAAUAAAAUUUUGUUGAUUUUAAUGAUGAAAAUUACUACUAAGUAUAUAAACAGUUAACCUUCAGCCAUGAAUUAAUGCUAGAAUGUGUAUAGAUCUUUUAAAAUAGUAAUAAAGGGUAAUAAAAUAACUUUACAAAUGACUAAGCAAAGCAAUUGCUUAAAUAGAGUAAAUAUCCAUUCUAGUCUAUAUAACAAACUAGGGCUAUGGGAGUAAAUAAUUUUGAUGCUACGUUUACUAUUUGGAAAAAUUAAUUUUAAUAAUUACCAAACCAACUAAAAUCCUAUAUAUUGAAAAAGACAAAGUAGGUCAAAAAAUGA